AUGCCAAUAAUUGAGGAACCAUAUUACUGUCACGAGCAAAUCGAAAUCCCACCCAUACUUCCCGAUAUUUUAAAACAAUUCACAAAGGCUGCUAUUAGGACUCAACCAAAAGAUCCUCUAGCCUGGUCAUAUGAGUAUUUUAAAGCUCUUGCUCAUAACGAAAUUCCUCCCGUAAAAGAGCGCUUAGAAAUGGCAUAUUGUUCACAGAAGACAGACACUGGCCUGACCGAAGGUAUUUUGAAAACUUUACAUAAUCAGUUAGGGAUGUGUCACCGCAUUCCUUUAUGCAAAAUUGAGGAGAAAUGGUUGGCAUUGGGUCUACCUUUAUUGCGUCUUCAAGCAAUCUGGACAACUGGAAAAUUCGGAUACGAUGCCCCCUGGACUCAUUUCCUUGCUUUAGCGGCGGCUCAAAUAUCUCCAACAGUAUCAGACACGCUGGCACUGUUGUGUUCCUUGUUUACAACGGAUCCGGAGGGUAGUGACCCGGCAAUACCAUUCGGCCUUUUCACCAGCCUGUACUAUUUCCUCGCAGCUGAAAUUGGAUCCGUUCCAAAAAGCCAUGUGAGACAUGUCAUUCAGCACCACGCAUAUAACAUGUAA